ACUUUCCGGCGUCACCAGGUGAACAACAAAGGACCAUCGACCCUGAUAUCCAUAGCAACCCCUCGUAUAGCUGCCAUACAAACACCACUUUAGUAUUUACAUUUCUUCAGGGAAAUGUCAUUUAGGGACGUACGGAGUUUGGUGGAAAUGCUACGGGCCCUCGGCUACCCCCAUCAGAUUUCCAUGGAAAGCUUCAGAAAACCCAAUUUCCCUUUAAUAUCAGAUCUGCUGGUCUGGCUGGCCAAGCGGUUCGACCCGGACGUCGACAUCCCAUUGGAGAUAGACACUGAAGACGAACGGGUGAAAUUGAUUCGAAACGUCGCACAGUUUAUGGCCCUGAAGGCAAACAUAAAACUCAACACUAAAAAGUUGUACCAAGCAGACGGUUACUCGGUGAGGGAGCUGCUCAAGAUCACCGGCCUCCUCUAUGACGCAUUGAGCGUCAAUUUGGAGGAAAACGACGAAAAUGACAUUGAGGAGGAUAACGUUGUCAACUUCAGCGACUUCGACAUCUCUGAUAAAAUAACCGACCUGAAGCUAUCCAGACAGUUGGCCAGCGAAAUCACCACCACGGGGGCCACCCUGUUCGACUUAUUGGGCAAAGAAGUGGACCUGAGGGCCGCCCGACAAAAGAGCAUCGGCCGUCAAUUCGAGGUGUCAGAAGUGGAGGCGGGAGUCCAAAAGGCCAUCGAGGCCAUCAACCAGGAGACCGCGCAGGUCAACGAGCUCAUCGGCAACGUGGCCGCCACCGAGUCCAGUCUGGACGCGAAAAUCGAACGCAGGAAACUGGAGCUGGACCGCUACGAAAAACGCCUUCAAACCCUAAAGAAAGUCAGACCGGCCUUCCUGGAAGAGUUCACCGCCUUCGAACAGGAACUGGAGCAACUGUUCGUCCAAUACUCGAUCCGGCUGCGAUGCCUGAACCAGCUCGAGAAGCAGUUCUCCGACUGCGAGAGGAUCCAGCUGGAGAAGCAGCUCCAGGCGGCGACGUCCCCGAGGGUCCCCACGAUCCCUCUGGACGAGUCGGACCUUCUUCUUCAAGGGCAGGGCGAUCAUAGACAGGAGCGUCCGAGGGCAAGCACCGCCGGGCGCAAGAAGACUUUCGGCUCGAUGCAGCCGCCCCCCAUGUCCGGCAGUCAGUCCUCGUUGGACUUGAGCAGCGAGUCGGAGACGGACGAUUUGUUCUUGGACAAGGAGGAACCGGAACUGAUGCACUCGGAUGACGAAUCGUUGGCACUGGAACUGUCUAAUGUCGAUAGGGCGGCGCCAUCUGGGAGGAAAACUGGCACUAGCAAGGUGAUGCCGCCUGAACCAAACAGUGAUGACGAUUUUUGAGCGCGAUUUAUUUACAGUUGGCAGCACUGUAGUAUGUCAUGUCAAUUUAUCUCUCUAAACAAUAAUAAAUUGUACUAUUUUCGUUA